AUGGCCGAAAGUGGUCUCUUCUCUGACGACCUCGUGUCUCCAACGGUCGCCUCUGCUCUCCCCGAGGGUUACAUCGUCCGCGCCCUUCGCCAGUCCGACUACAACACUGGUUUUCUAGACUGCCUUCGUGUCCUGACCACCGUUGGUGAGAUCAGCGAGUCCCAAUUCGCAGAGCGCUACAACUGGCUGUCCAAGAGCGACGGGUACUACAUUCUCGUCGUUGAGGACACGAGUAGGAAAGCCGUUGUCGGAACUGGUGCUUUAAUAGUCGAGCGCAAGUUCAUUCAUAGCCUUGGUCUCGUCGGGCACAUCGAGGAUAUCGCCGUAGCAAAGGAUCAGCAGGGCAAGAAACUCGGUCUGCGCAUUAUCCAGGCCCUCGAUUUCAUCGCCGAGAAGGUCGGCUGCUACAAGAGCAUCCUGGACUGCAGCGAAGCCAACGAGGGCUUUUACGUCAAGUGCGGCUUCAGGCGAGCCGGUCUGGAGAUGGCCCAUUAUUACGAGGGAGACAAGACUAAGGCCCAGUAG